AUGGACAUUCUAGCAAAAGUAAGACACGGGAAUACUAAAUGCGAGACAGUUGCCAUCCAAUUCAACAAGCAAGAAUGCGCUGCCGUCAACCAAACGGCACCAGAUUUCGUGGGCUGUUCGCCCGCCGGAUUAAGCAGUGCUCUUGCGAGUAUGAGCUUGACCCCAGUACCAACAGCCUCGUCCAGCUCGGCUUCAUCAUCGAUAGCGACUUCUUCGUCUGUCAACCCAGGUUUGAGUACAAUAACUGGUGAUGUCGUGACGCAGACGUUCCCCUUGUCGACUGGAAAACCAAUUACGGCGACCUUUGGUGGCCGGCCACUUCUGACAGGAAGCUGCGCGGUACCGUUUUUUGCCAUGGCAACAGGUUUCGAUGAUAGUGUAACCGAGUUCCCUGAGAUUGGAUGCUCCGGAAGACGUCCUGAAUGCUGUCCGUUCGACCAAGGUACCAACGCCGUGGUCACAAAGUGUCCGCAGGACUAUUUCACCACGGCUAAUGCCUGCUGUCCCCUGUGCGUAUCUGAGAGUCCGGCGAUGUCAGAUUUGACUAACAGAAUUAGGGGUUACCAGGUAUACUAUACGGCAAUCGGAGGCCAAACGCCAUGUUAUUCUAUUCCAAGCGCAACUCUCGUUCCAGUGUCCACGCCAACGGUAUCGGAUCUGACCAUCAUAACCGACCACGUCUUCUCAAAUAUGUACCAUUUGGUGGCGGCAGCACCGGAAAAGCACAAGUUGCCGACUGGCGCCAUUAUUGGUAUCUCUGUCAACGCAUGUCUCUUUGUCCUCUGUCUCUGCGGUAUUUGGUUUUGCAUUCGACGGGUGCGCCGAAAUAGGGCUCUAAAAGCAGCUGCAGCCGGAACAACUACGUAUCCCCCUGAGGAACCUGCCCUUCAGAUGUCCAGAGCACCAACAACGCACGAGCUGGAUAGUCCCGAAGCACAGCCAGGUGCGUCGGAUGCACUCUCACGCUGGGGAAGCGUCCCAGCAUCAUCACCACCGGCGUAUGAUCAGGAGAAAUCCAAGCUCAAGCCGAGGCCUCUCAUUCCACAGGAACUUCCAGGAAGCAUGUGGAUGAAUGAGCAUCAUCCGGCCUUCUCAGGCGAAGGUGAACAUACCCCAAUAGAAACAACGCCCUCGUCUCCACCAACAACCCCAUGUCAUAAAGCAACACCUGAGGGAUCAAGAUCCCCCGUCUUAUCCUCUGUCACUUCGAGGUCAGGAAAUGAUAGUCCGGCCUUUGUGUCACCACUGGGAUCUCCGAAGCCACCGAAAGCCUCACCUUGA